UGCAAAGCUGUCACUCGAUAUAGUCACGAGGCAUGGCAUGUCAUGCCGCAUUGAAUCUCUCUCACACCCUUUCCAUCCUCCCAACCUCACCAUCAUCUCGCGCUCCCCUUCGUCUCCCUCUCACCUGCCCACUAUCCCUCGACCUCACCGUCAACCCCACAGUCUUUACCAUUUGACGACGUUCUCAGGUUCCUAUCACACCUUCUUUUACUAGCUCCCAACUCAAUAUCGCCCAAUCACCCCCUUGUUCCAUCAUGCGCUUUCUCGUCGUCCUCGCCGUCAUCAUGACCCUCGCCACUACCGCCCUGUCUCUUGUCCUCCCUUUGGAAUCCGACAUGAACCCGCUCGACAUCGAUAACUAUCCUGCUGACAUCGCACCUGUCCUUCCUCGCGACUCUUCGGACCCCAACGGCCCUCACGAGAGCAUGGACCCCACGACGGGCGACGACCCUACCGGCUUCCCUGGUGACGGCCAGACGUCAGAGAAGAAGGCGCCGUCCAAGAGCAACGGGCAGCACAAGAACUCCGGUCGAGGCGGCAGGCAGAGUAACAAGAAGGGCAAUAAGAAGAGCAGCCAAGGCUCGAGGCGCAACUGCGAGGAGCAGCUCGACUAGGCGCUCUAUUGGUCACACCCCCACCUUCUCUUCAUAGACAACGAGGUUCCUCUUCAACACUAUCAUCUUCAUCACCGGCCGCCUGCGGGCCUCCGCAUCCCCUUCGAUCCUUUACGCUUGCCAAGUGCUCCUUGCGGAAUGCUCGAUGCGAUGCGAUGCGAUGCGAUUCGGCUCAAUCGGAGAGCCUGCUUGUAUAUACUUCACUUGACACCCCCUAAUCAACAGCUUUUGCUGCC